GUCGCCGGUCCUGCAGUUGACAAAGCUGUGUUCUUGAGGGGAGAAGAUUUCCCUUCUCUUAAAGCUACUAUAGCCUCUAGUGCUUCGAAGGUGAAAGAGAAUGAGAGGGAGAAGCCCGAGUUUCGGUCACCUCUGCAGAUGAGGCCGCAGAUGAGACCUUCGUCUCGGUUGACGACUGGUCUAGCAACUGACGUUGAUGGGCCGGAGAAAUCGGAGAAGAAGGAGGAGAAAUACUUUCCGGGUCCUCUCCCUGUUGUAAAAUUGACCCAUACUUCCGAUUGGGCUGAUGAUGAGAGGGAUACCGGACUUAGCCUCCCUGAACGUGGUAGAUAUCGAGGACCAGAUGUGGAUGCUCCUUCUAGGGAGUUGUAUAAGGAUGAUCGGGAUGCUGCAGGUUCUUGGAGGGCAAUGCCCCAACCGAGAGAUGAGAGAGCUGGCAUGAAGCCCUUUGGGGUUGGAAGAGAGGUUAACAGGGAUAGUGGUUCUGCUCGUUCUUCGCCCUAUGGGAACAGUGUAAGGGAUGGUCUUAGCAAUGGCAGAGAUUUGGGUUUUGGGAUGAGUUCUCAGAAUGGGAAGAAUUUAUCGGAAGGGUUUAGUGGAAGAGGCAGUGAUCAACAGAAUGUGCGUGGUGGUCGAUAUGGUGAUGUUUUGAAUAAUCGACAUAGAGGAGACGGCUUUCAGCAUAAUGCUGUGGCAAAGUCACCGUUUUCUUAUGGGUCUAAAGGGUUAUCUUUGAAUGACCCAAUACUGGAUUUUGGUAGAGAGAAAAGGAUGAACUCAUCAAAUAGUGGGAAGCAAUACUAUGGGGAUGCUGGUUUUGAUGCCACUGAUCCUUUCUCUGAUGACCCGAUUGCUGAGGUAAAUAUGAAAGUUUUCAAGAAGAAGAAAGAGGUACAAAAACAUGCUGAUUACCAUGACCCUGUUAGAGAAUCAUUUGAAGCUGAGCUAGAGAGAGUUCAAAGGAUUCAGGAACAGGAGAGACAAAGGGCGAUGGAGGAGCAAGCAAGAGUCAUGGAGAUUGCUCGGAGGGAGCAGGAGGAGAGGGAGAGGCUGGUUAGAGAGGAAGAGGAAAGGAGGCGGCUGAUGGAAGAAGAGGCGAGGGAAGCUGCAUGGAGAGCAGAGCAGGAGAAGAUGGAGGUUGCUAGAAAAGCUGAGGAGCAGAAGAUUGCAAGAGAAGAGGAAAAAAGAAGGAUGCUUAUGGAGGAGGAGAGAAGGAAAGAGAAUGCAAGAAAGAAGCUUAUGGAGCUGGAGGCUAGGAUUGCAAGGAGGGAGACCGAAGUUAGUCAAAACGAGGACCAAUUUCCCCGUGUUGUUGGCGAUGAACGAGCUGUUGGCACAAGUGGGAGGGAUGUACCUAAAGUUACGGCAGAUAUGGGUGAGUGGGAGGAUGGUGAGAGAAUGGUUGAGCACAUCACUAGCACUUCUUCUGAUUCCUCGAUGAAUAGAUAUUUUGAAACAGGUUCUUCUAGGUUACCCUCAAGAGAAACUGGUUCUUCAUUUAUGGAUAGAGGAAAACAUGUGAAUUAUUGGAAGAGAGAUUCGUAUGACGGUGGGGCGAGCUCAAUGUUUCAUGAGCAAGAUAGCUAUGCAAGGAGAGAUACUUACAGCCCUGGGAGGGGUUACCCAAGGAAAGAUAGUUAUGGAAGUCUUGAGGCAGCCCCUAUGAGGCCAUCUUCUAAGGGCAGUGUGUCAGACCAUUCUUCAGGUCCGGAUGAUUUCCGUUAUUUAAGAGGAAACAGAUGGAAUGUUGGUGGCGAAAUUGAUCACUUCCCUAGAAAUUUUGAGGCUGAUGCAGCUGAUUUCUUUGAUAGUGAGAGGUUUGAUGAUAGUGCCUGGGGUUCUAUUCGUCCUCGUGGAAGUCCUAAUGCUUGGUAUGCUGAAAGAUCAUUUCCUAAUUCUGAGGUCGAUAGUGUAUUUCCCUCACAUGGAAGAUCUCGUCACUCCUUGAGACAGCCUCGUGUGCUCCCUCCUCCAUCCAUUUCCUCUACACGCCAGAGUCAGAGCUCAUUCAGAGUUGCAGCAGAUCGACCCAUUUCUUCAUCAUUUGUCGAUAACCAAUCUAGAUAUCAGCAUGGUGGAAGAAGUGUAGAAGAACCUGUGCAGUCAAACUAUGAUGGUGGUUACCAUCAAAGGGUUCAACAGUCUAGAACACCGGAGGUACUAGAAAGUGAUGUUAUUUCUUCAGAGCAGAGAGAGAAGGAUAGCCCAAGAUGUGACUCACAGUCGUCGCUUUCUGUAUCAAACCCACCUAGUUCACCCACCCAACUUUCUCAUGAUGAAUUGGAUGAAGCUGAAGAUUCUCAGGCAUUGGAAACUGCUCAUGUUGAGGAACAAACAGUUCUAUCUGACAGUGGACACAUCAUGUCUGGGAUGGAGAUGGAGAACAUGAACAGAAUGGCGACUGCAAGUUCAGUUUCUCAUGGUGAGGAUGAUGAGUGGGAGAUUGAAAACAAUGAAGGAGUACAAGAACAGGAAGUGUAUGAUGAAGAAGAUGGUGGCUAUCAGGAAGAAGAGGAAGUAGUCCACGAAGGUGAUGGUGGCAGAAAUCUUGAUCUGAGCCAGGAAUUUGAUGCACAAACAUUGGACACGUCAAAUUUAACUCACGAGAUGGGUCAGUUGAUCUCAAGUUUUGAUGAUAGCGCUGAUGCUAUCAUCCCCAUGGCUGAUGAUCCGGAGACCUCUGGGAACCUUGAGAAGGCAGUUCAGAAAGAUGUAGUUGGUGACCGUAAGGUACAAGUUGAGAAUUCAUUUGCCCAAGAGUCAGCCAGUGAGUCAUCGCAACUCAUAAGCGAAACUGAGAAUUCUCUUCAACAGUUGGCUCUUGAUCCAGUAUCUUCUUUCACUAGCAAUAUUCAGCCUAUAGCGUCCCCUUUAAGCUUGCCAGUUCCUUCUACUUCCACAGUUCAGCCCAUCUCAUCCAUGGCUUCUAACUCUGAUGGUCAAGCUGAAGCUCCAAUCCGACUUCAGUUUGGCCUUUUUUCAGGUCCUUCUUUGAUACCAUCUCCUGUUCCAGCUAUUCAAAUUGGUUCUAUUCAGAUGCCACUCCAUUUACAUCCCCAGGUUGGCACUUCUAUUACCCAGAUGCACCCACCUCAACCUUCUUUCUUCCAGUUUGGUCAGCUGAGAUAUCCUUCAUCUAUAUCUCAGGGGAUGUUACCACUAGCACCUCAAACUAUGUCCUUUGUUCAUCCCCCUGUUACUGCUCAAUAUCCUUCUACCCAGAAUCUUGUUGGCUCUGGAACUAACCAAGCAAAUCAAGACUCUUCCUCUCAGAACAACCAGGCAGAUAAAUUACCUUCAAGAUCUGUAGAAGAGCAGGCUGGCCCGGUAACAAAGCCACUCGACCAUUCUGAGGAGAAUAAAAAAAUGAACUUUGUGCAUCUGAAUGAAAUGCCAGAUCCACCCAAUAGUGAGGUUCUAUCUCGUGGUCAGUCCAAUGUAACUGGAGAUAAAAAUCGUCAGUUUUCAGGUUAUCAGAAUGAUGGCCAAGUUAUUCGUGAUGUUACUUCAAGGAAGAAUUAUCGAAAUGUGAUGAAUAACAGAGAAUCUCAGGUGCAUCCUGGUGAUGUUCCAUCACAGUUAUCAUUGGGUGAAAAAGCUCAAAUUGGGACAAGAGCUCCAGGAAUAAUAUCUAGUAGCAGAGGAAGGAGAUUUACCUACACUGUGAGGAAUGCUGGUACAAGGUCACAAUUUUCUGGGCCAGAAAAUUCCAGAACUGAUUCAAGUGUGUUUCAAAGGAGGCCUCGAAGGAGCAUCCGAAGAACAGAGUUUAGGGUGCGUGAAUCUGUUGAUAAGAGACAAAGAGAGGGCGUGGAUACCAAUAACAAUACCAGUCAGGAAGAGAGACCAAAUUUCACUGGUAGAGCGCCAGGGACUACUGUGAGGUAUGGUAGUAGAAAGGAUGCUUCCAACAAAUCAACCAAGGUACAGGAUGAUUCUGAGAACUUGAAUUAUGCUGCACCUACCUCGCAAUUUACUGGUUCUGAUGGAAAAAUACCAGACAAGCUUUUAGGUAAAGACACAAAAUCGAAGAAGCGUGUAUCCUCUAUUGAAAAUUCUCGAGCUGAAGGAGAUAACGGGAAAAGGAGCGUGAAUGAUGAGGAGGAUGUUGAUGCUCCGAUACAGGGUGGAGUUGUCCGCAUCUUUAAGCAGCCUGGCAUAGAAGCUCCCAGUGAUGAGGAUGAUUUCAUUGAGGUAAGGUCUAAAAGGCAGAUGCUAAAUGACCGACGAGAACAGAGGGAGAAAGAGAACAAGGCAAAGUCUAAGGUGAUAAAGGCUCCUCGGAAACAUCGUGUUAUUCCACAAAACAAUGCUGUAGCAUCCAAGUCAAACAAGGCAGUAUCAGCUUUGUCAAGAAACGUGUCACAGAGAGUUCGUGAACCUGUUAUCAGGGGGUUUACUCACAUUGAGGCAUCACCUGUAUUCCCUGCCAUGACUUGUCAGACCCUGCCGCCAAUUGGCACUCCUCCCAUGAAAAUCGACUCUGAAACAAGAUCGAAAAGCUUGAAGGCUGGCCAGACAAGCACUAUAUCUGGACAAUCUAGUGCUGCUGAUAAAUUUGUACCAGGCUUGUCCUUUGAGAACAAAACCACUGGACUUGGCAAUGCUUCCCUAUCUUUGGGUUCCUGGGGCAAUUCAGACAUAAAUCAGCAGGUAAUGGCCUUAACUCAGAGUCAACUUGAUGAAGCCAUGAAGCCAGUACAAUUUGACUCCCUAGUAACAUCAAGUUCAACCAUUUCUCUCGAACCCAGCAAGCCAUCAACAUCUAUCAUGGCACCAGAAAAGCCUUUUCCUCCAUCAUCAAGCCCUCUGAAUUCCUUACUUGCUGGAGAGAGAAUUCAGUUUGGUGCUGUUACCUCUCCAACUAUUUUACCUCCAGUUAGUCGGGCUAUAUCCAAUGGGAUUGGGCCUCCAGGUUCUUCUAGAUCCGAUGUUACGAAGGAUGCGUUGUCCGAUACAAACAAUGAUAGCACCAUUUUCUUUGAUAAAGAUAAGCAUCCUGACGAGUCUCGUCCUCAUUUAGAAGAUCCUGAAUCUGAAGCUGAAGCAGCGGCUUCUGCUGUUGCUGUCGCUGCUAUUAGCAAUAAUGAUGAGAUAGUCGGAAGCAGGUUAGGUAUUCGCUCUAUUCCAGACUCCAAAAGCUUCAGUGGCACAGAUAAUACCGACUUGAAAACUUCAGGAGGUUUGACUUCUACCCAAGAAGUUACAGGUCAAUCAGCAUCUGAAGAGUCUCUUACUGUAUCUCUCCCAGCAGAUCUUUCAGUUGAAACCCCUGCUCUACCAUUAUGGCAUCCUUUGCCAAGUCCACAAAGUACUUCAAGCCCUGCGCUCUCGCAUUUCCCUGGAGGUCCUCACUCUCAUUUCCCUGUAGGGUUUGACAUGAACCCGAUAUUUGGAGGGCCCAUUUUUGCCUUUGGUCCACAUGAUGAGUCAGGUGGUACCCAAACACAACAAAGAAGUACAACAUUGGGUUCUGGGCCACUUGCAUCUUGGCCACAGUGCCAUUCCGGUGUUGAUUCCUUUUAUGGCCCACCAGCAGGUUUUCCUGGACCUUACAUCACUCCUCCUGGAGGCAUACCUGGUGUUCAAGCCCCACCUCAUAUGGUGGUCUAUAACCAUUUUGCUCCAGUUGGUCAAUUUGGUCAAGUUGGACUAAGUUUUAUGGGCACAACUUAUAUUCCUACAGGGAAGCAGCCUGACUGGAAGCAUAAUCCCAUGACCCCUGCAGCAGUGAGUGUUACUGAGGGUGACGGCAGCAAUGCAAAUGUUGUUUCAAGCCAGCACAACCAGCCGAAUUUGCCAUCUCCUAUCCAGCAUCUGGCCCCAGGAUCACCUCUCAUGCCCAUGGCUUCUACGCUAGCCAUGUUUGACAUGUCCCCUUUUCAGUCAUCUCCUGACAUGCCCUAUCAAGCUCGUUGGUCUCAUGGUCCGGCUCCUCCACCCAUUCACUCUGUUCCACUAACUAUGCCAUUGCAACAGCAACCACAGAAGCAACAGCAGCAACCACAACCUCAGCAAGUUGACAACAGAAUGCCUUCUCAAUUUGGUAGCAGUCACCCAGCAGAGAUCUCAACUGUUAAAGAUCGGUUCCAUGAUCCCCGUUCUUCUACAUCUGGCAACAGUAAUAGGAGUUUCUCUGUUACUAAUGAACUCCGUAUGGCUGAACCUCCAACUGCGAGCAACAACAAAAGUUCAAACAAUUUGAAGAGCUCAACCACUAGCAGCAACAACGGAGCUCAGAAUGCCACAUCAUCUUCGUUCAAGCCCCAAGUAUCACAGAAACAACAAUCAGCUUCAUCGGGUCAACAACAAUACCUUCAUCCAAUUGGUUCUCAGAAGACAUCAACAGGUGAAUGGCACCAUCGCAGGAUGGGAUAUCAAGGUCGAGGCCAGGGUUCAGACAAGGGUUUUGCUCCUUCAAAGAUGAAGCAAAUAUAUGUGGCCAAGUCCACAACAAGUGGAAAUGUGACGAAAAGCUGAGACCUAGGUUGUUGGUUUAGCACUGUUAGAAAAUGACUCAUCGGCCUUGUGGCUCGAUUAGUUUGGAAUUUGUAGAUGAUAUAUAAGGGAGGGAGUAUUAAAUGCGUUGUUAGAUUGGAUUCUGGCAGUGGAAUUAAGGAGGUAGUGGAUGGAUAAAAGGAGAGCAUUGGCUCCUAUUGUAGAUGUAGGAUUCUGUUUUGAUGCGUAAGAAUAUUUUCCAGGAUAUUGUGCUAUCACAAGUAGUAUAAUUAUGAUUCUUUUGGAUUUGAGGGAUAAUGUAGCAACAGUUGUAUGCAAUCAAGGUGACAUUUCCAUCACUUUGUGGAAUGAAUCAAAUGGGGGUUUGUUUGUUCAA